UCCUGAUUCAGGAAACUGCUGCAAAUGUGUCGUUUUUUUCAUGUUGGCAGGCGUUUAUAAUGCUGAGCAGAGUGUGAAAGCGCGCAGGGUGCAGAGAAACUGGUUUCCUCCUUUUUUGCUGUGACUUUUAUUCCGACCCAGAGGAGCAGCUCUGAGCAUGCGCGCUGCAUCGGUUCUAUGGGGACGGGGAGGACAUCACGGAAAAAAAAAACGUAGCAGCAGCAGCACCACUAACCCCACGCCGAGAUUUCUGCCUCUCCGCUGCGCCAAAACUGCGCGACGGACGCGGCCCACGACUAUGCCCGGAGCGGCGGCGAGGAGCGGAGCGACCCCGACAGGCCUGGCCGAGGUCUGAGCCGUUCACCGGGAGGGGAAAUACGUUUCUUCAUAUGGGAACAGCAUGCGGGAAAUGGUCGGAGGCUGCUGCGUGUGUUCAGACGAGCGAGGCUGGGCUGAGAACCCGCUGGUUUACUGUGAUGGACACGGCUGCAGCGUCGCCGUUCACCAAGCAUGCUACGGCAUCGUCCAGGUGCCCACCGGCCCGUGGUUUUGUCGGAAGUGUGAGUCACAGGAGCGAGCGGCGCGAGUGAGAUGUGAGCUGUGUCCACACAAAGAUGGCGCCCUCAAGAGGACGGACAGCGGAGGCUGGGCCCAUGUUGUUUGUGCGCUCUACAUUCCCGAGGUGCAGUUUGCCAACGUCCUCACCAUGGAGCCCAUCAUCCUGCAGUACGUCCCACACGAGAGAUACAUCAAGACGUGUUAUAUCUGCGAGGACCACGGCAGGGAGAGCAAGGCGGCCUGCGGAGCCUGCAUGACCUGCAACCGACAAGGCUGCAGACAAGCUUUCCACGUCACCUGUGCUCAGAUGGCCGGUCUGCUGUGUGAGGAGGAAGGCCCAGAAGCUGAUAACGUGAAAUAUUGUGGCUACUGCAAGCAUCACUACAACAAAAUGCAGAAGAAGUUGCGCUCGAGUGAAAAUACAAGCAGCUCCUUCAGUCACUCCAGGGGACGCUCCAGCUCGCCGUCGCAGGAAAAACAGCAUCACCACCACAGACAGAGGAAGAGCCAUAAGGACAAAAUCAGGCAAAAAGAGCGGCACAAGAAGUCUACUGACAGCCUGGGUUCAUCUGUGACGUCAAGCAGCAUAGAAAAGAUUUCAUCCAGUCACCACAGCAGCAGCAAAGACAGCGAGGGAAAGUCCAAGAAACUGAGCUCGCACAGUCACGGUCAUCGAAGUAAGAAGACAGGAAGUACUGGCAAGAGCUGCUCCUCGUCCUCCUGCUCCUCCAGUCCCUUCAACACAGGCGGCUCCCUGUCUUCUGCUCAGGAUUUCCAUCAGUUUUCGGCUUCUUCCCGCCUCGAACGUGACCAUGACCGUGGUGGCGACGACCACCACAGUGGAGAGGACCGCAAGGAGCGUCACCGGAGGCCGGCGGUCCAUGAGGAUGAGGAGAAGGAGGAGGAUAAAGAGGAGGAGGAGGAGGAAGAAGAAGAGGAGGAGGACUGUAAAUACCACAAACCGCCGGCGUUGACGCCCGCCGAUGGACCGCUAGCGGCAUCGCAAAGUCACGACCGAUCCGAUGGCAACUCCAGCCCCUUUGAGAACAAAGUCACCAUCUCCACAUUCGGCUCCAUCAUGCGCAUCACGUCGUCGUCGGGUCUCGGCAGCAGCAGCAAGAUCCGGAAGAUCUCGUCAUCGGGCGACUACAAGCCCUCCAAGUCUCUCUGCAAGCAGCUGAGCACGCCGCCCAUCCUGGAGGAGGCGGACAUUGAGGACAAGGCCACGCCCCCGCCGCUGCCCCGGGAGAGACGUCACCGUGGCAACAAGAAGAGCCGCCACGGUCCGGGGCGUCCUAAGGGAAGCAAGAACCGCGAGAGGAGGGACGAGGAGCAUCACCACCAUCAUCACCACACGACGGCGGCGCCUCCGCCUCCUCCUCCUCCUCCAUCUUUAACCUCCUCGCUGUACACGAGCCCGUCCUCCAUCCCCCCCCACCCCGCCUUCCCCUCCUCGCUGCCGCCCGCCGCUGCCGCCACCUCUUCCUCUUCCUUCUCCUCGUCUUCUGCCGGUAGUUUUUCGACGAGCCGCGGAAACUCGCUGCUCGGCUCUGGUAUCUACUCCAGUCUCAAGGACCCUCUCACGCUGGGCGGGGGUGUCUGCAGUACCCCUCUGUCUCUGGGUGGAGGAGUCUGCAGCACCUCCUUGUCCCUGGGAGGGAGCAUGUGUAGCACCCCGCUCUCCUCAGGACUCAUUCCAUCCCACGUCUCCUCGCUGUCGCUUCCCUCAAUCAACACUGUCUCCAACACACAGGUCCAUCCAGGCUCCAGCGCCUCCUACAGUCUGACCUCCUCUCAGCCUUUCGCCAGCUGUCUGUCCACAGCCCCGACACUGCCGCCACUACUGAGCCAAGCCCAGACCUCACUGCCAGAGUCCGACCUCGAUGACUGUCGCUUCCCUUGUCAGGGGAACUCGCCAAGAGAGAGUCUUUCCUCGCAGUCGCCGAUGAGCUGUCUUCCCCUUCUGUUCGACCAGAGAGACGGACUCGGCGCUGGAGUCCGAGCCCGGCCGGAGAACGUCCCGCCGGCCAGCUCCCACAUCGAGCUGUUGCUGGAGAAACACGGCAACGGAGAGAUGGGAGUCAACAUCGUGGAGAUGCUCCAGUCUCUUCACUCUCUGCAGCAGGAGAACCAGCGUCUGCAGGACCAGAUCCUCAGCCUGUCGGCCAAGAAGGAGCGUCUGCAGCUGCUCAACACGGAGCUGGCCGUGCCUUUCCCUCCUCACGCUCACUCCGCCCAGGGCUCCAUGCACAUGUCCGCCCAGAUGAACUUCCUGUCGUCCAGCCAAGACCCCCUGAGCACCAAUAAGAGCCCCCUGUCCAAAAGCUGCUUCCUAAAUGACACCUCCUUUGUUACCUCGUCUGAGGAGCUCCACUCUGGCAGUCCGUCCCGCAGCAGCUCCUCGCUGUCCUUCCAGAGCACUCCUCCUCCCCAGCAGAGCCCCGCCUCCUUCGGCCAGCCGCUGCUCAACGGCCUGAGUCGAGGUCUGAGUGACGGUCUGGGGGGCAUCAGUCAGGCCGGCGGCUCCUCGCUGCCCGUGGUGGGCGGCCUCAUGGCGUCCCUCGCAGGAAGUCCUCAGCUGACCGUGAAUGGCGUGCUGGGCGGUCUGAACGGCGUGAUCCAGUCUCCGGUGCAGAAUCCUCCUCAGCCGUCACUUCCUGCUCUGAGGCCUCAGCCGCCACCGCUCAACCCCCAGGCCCUGGCUCAGGGCUUCCAGCUGCCCAAGAGUGUCAGCCCGUCUUCUCUCCUGUCUGAGCAGCAGAAGCAGCUUCUUCUGGAGCAGCAGCAACAGCAGCAGCAGCUCCAGCAGUUCCUCACCUCCCAGAACUUCACACCUGAGCAGCAGGUGGUGGUUUGCCAGAUGCUGCAGCAGCAGAGACAGAGGGAGCUGCAGCGCCUCACCCUGACCGGAGCUCUCACCUCCACCCCAAACUCACCCCUGAUCGGCCAGUCGCCCAACCUGCUGUCCUCGGCCACGGCUUCACCGCUGCAGGGAGGCCAAGGAGGAAGCCUGUUCGGCCUGCAGGACAACGCACUUCACAAGCCCGGGGCUGCAGGUGAAAAGGGUGGAGACAAGAACGGGUGACGAAUCCUGGAGCAGCUCAGAUGAAAAAAAUGAGUCUCCGCCUUGAAGAACUGAGGUCAACUCACACGACUUUUUCCUUCUCUGUCACCUUCAUCUUCCAGCCUCUUCUAUGAAUGUACAACAGGAUGGACUCAAGGUGAAGCUUCUCGUGUUUUUGGAAAUUCUCUCGAUAUCAGAGGUUCUUCUCAUAGGAUUUUUUUGCGUAGGCAGCUUUCAGAGAGCAUGAAUUCAAGUGGUCUCUUCUUAAAUUGCACUAAUUUGUUAGCUAGACCAGCGGGGCUGCGGAGCCGGAGCUGCUCCCUGCAGGAGCUGCGACGGCCGUUUGGUUUGAAGGUUGAACUCUGGAGCGCUUCAUGAAGUUUCCCUCCUCGGCUCCAACCAGAGUUUCCACACUUCUGCCACUUCUUGCAACCUCAACUGUCUUCCUUGAUAUUUUGUCUUCCCUUUGUGUUCACCCCCGCAUUUCAUCCUUCUAAGCCUCUCCAGGCACCUACUAUGUAAAAGGAUAAAUACGCUGUCAUUUUUUAACGUGUGGUUAGUGGCAUUUCUACAUUAAGCUAGUUCUUACCUCAGACUUUCUGCCAACUAUUUGUCGACAUUUUGUUACCACGACAGCCUUCACUGGAUACGAAACGCCCACCAAAAGUCUCACUUCAAGGUAUCAGCUUUUGUUAAAAAAAAAAUCGUCCUAAACGAGACAGGCAUCAUCAGAGCAGCAGGUUUAAUCACUAGAGUUUCUACAGACUUUUAUUUCCUUCCAGUUGCUAUCGAGAUUAAGCAGACUAAACCAAACAUUUGGAAACUGUAAGUAAGAAAUGGGUUUUUUUUCCUAAACAAGUGUGCACUUUGCAUGUUAGUAGCUAACAGAGCAAAUUAGCCAUCGUCACAGUACCUUCUAAAGGAUGCUCGGUACUUUCUAGAGGCCCCUAGGGACUAACAGGUUUUUGAUUUCUAUGAGUAUUUUGCACUCUGUCCUAAGUGUCAGUUUUUUAUGUUUCUUUCAUACAUAGAUAUUCUUUUCAUGUCUAGUUGUUAUUUUAGCAAUACUGGAUAGAUAAUGCCUUAAUGAUGCUAGAUUUACAGAGAAACCCCGAGCCCAAAGGCUUCUUCUCUCUCGUCAUCUUUCUUUGAUAGUGUUUUUUAUCUCGGGUACGUGGAGUUAAACUGAAGCACUCUUCCUGAAACCCGUUUAUACUUUUGAUAGCAGACUGAUAAUUUCAAACAGUUGAAAUGUGUGAAUAUAGUGGUAACUAAAGUGUCAAAGCAUUUUUCUAUUGUACUUUUUUGUGUUCGGAUGUUCUUUAGUUGUUUGUGCUUCAGAGAAACAAGGACUUGUAGUGAAUCUUAAGUGAAUCCUGCACAUAGGAGAGGUGUGAGCUGGUGUUAAAGUGCUGCAGCAACAGUGUUUGAAACGCAGUGCUAAGGAAGACGGUGAAUUGCAAACAUGGAGCUUCUCCUUCCACUCCCUCAGGCUACAUCCACACCAGUAGGAUUUUAUUUUGAAAUACGUCGCAUCUGUUUUUUUUAUCAGUGUUGUUGGUCUUCUGUCUACUUUUACUGAAAAGCCCAACCAGGGACGGGAGUUGAAAAUUAGCUUACUGCUAUACACUCUAUAUGCAAGACAUUAGAUGUUGUCUGUGUUAAUUGCAUGGUCCCUGAUCAAAUAAAUUAAAUAAAUAGAUCUGCUGCAUAUAAACUAAGCAUCCACACAGCCUUUGUUGUGUUAGAACUUUAAAAAAUAAAACUCACUGUGGGCUCAUUUUUCAGCAGCAUAUAAAGUCCUGCACCUCUAUGGAAGCAGAGCAAACAUGGCUAGAAGAAAAGAAGACUUAAAACAGUUUUCUGUGCAGAUUGACAGUUAUGAGGACAUAAAUCAUAAAAAACAGCAAAAGUACAAUUGGGUUAUUUAGUGACCAAAAUUUUUAAAAAGAAAUUGACAUGUGCAACAAGUUUCCACAGGUGUAACCAACACUGGAAAAAAAAUGUCAGCUCUGCUAUUGACUGUUUUCAUUUUUACUACCAUUAUAAUGACAAUCUGCUUGCUUGUCAAGUAUGUGAGCAGAUACAAGGAGAUUUCUUUACUCUCAAAGUAGUAACACAACAUAAAACACACAUGCAUUUAAACAACAGUAACCAGAAGGAAAGUAAAUGUUUAGCUUCUAUGUACAACUAUAAAUAUGUUUUUAAAAAAACUGUUUUACUGCACAAUUACAGUCAACCAUAGUUUUGUGCAAAUAGAGUUAUUAGACAGCAAAUUAGUUAUUAACACCCUUAGAUCUAAAUAGGUAUGUGAUAUACCACACUAAUAAUAAUAAAAAUAAAUAAUACAAUGAUAAUAAUAAUAAUACCACAAAUCAGUUUGUUUCCAUAUUUGUCACACAGCCUGCAGUUCAACCAAGAGCUAUAAAUUUUUGUCAUGUGACUGUUGGUCACAGCAGAGUAAUUAAUGGCUUAAGGAGCGCAAAAUAAUUCUGUUUUUUACAGAUUCUGCUUAGCGCAAACUGUUUAUUUUAUUUAAAAUUAUAAUGAGGCAUGUUUACUAAAGUGAUGUUGAUGAAAUAUCACUAUUUAAAGCUGAGAUUUCAGAAAGUUUUGCGGAUGAACAGAGUAUCACUGAUGAGUAGUUCAAGGACCGUUGGAAAUCUGAUAAAUUAUUUAAUUUUGCCAUUUUUUGAAAGAUAAAUUGCUUUUAAACCAGCCAGCAGGUUUUGGUGUUAAGAUGAUUAAAACGGUUUUAAAAUAAAAACUUAUUCGUGUGGAUGAAGCCUCAGUUAUACUAACAAACGUUAUUCACCAAUUCAUCCUUCUCCCCCAGAGUUCCGGGUUAUUUAGUUUCCUUUUCAAUAUAUUUUCCCACUUUUGUAUUUGCAAUCUUGAACGCGACCUUCUCCCACACAUGUGAUCUCUAGUUUGUUUUAUUAGCAGCUCAUGUAGACGUCAGAAAGGAACUUGGAGCAGCUCUCACCAGCUGGUUAUAAAUACUGUAGCAGCGACAGAAGGGGAAUGUCGAAUAUGUUGAUAAAGACAUGAGCCGACUCCGAGUGGAAGGUCUGCAGUCCACCGAGCGUGACUGACGGACCUCUCGGGUCCAGACUCGAUCACGUCCACGAGUCGGACUGAGGAGCGAAGGAUUUCUGAAGCGGUUUCUUUCUCAUGUUGCACUGGGGCGCUUUGGGCCCGCUUGUAAAUCGUUUUUUAGUACCUUUUCAAAUUUUGUUGGGAUACGAGUUGUAUACUUUAAUAUGUUUGUGUAAAGACACAUUCAUUCUUUUAAGCUUUGAAGUUUGGGUAACCAAGAUAAUCCAUGUUAUGAAUGUCGUACUGUGUAUCUUUUAUGUAUUGCAACAUUUAAGCACCUGACUCAGAAUGAGGUCUGACAGAGAGCGAUUUAAAUAUCGGGAUAUGAAUUGCAUGAAAUGCAGUGACGUCUCUCAAAUGUAUUUGCUAAAUACCAAGUAAUAACUAUGCAUAAUUUUAAAUGCAUUGUUCCCUGACUAAAAGAAACUAAAUGAAAUGAGCACUGACUUUUGAAAAGGACAAGCACGUUGUCGUUGUACAGUGUAUUAGUUUGAGAGAAUUGAUCGAAACAAAUUUGACGAUAUUCAGAUUAAAAGCCCUGUAAAGUAUUUUGAUAUUUUUGUGUGUAAAAUUAAAAGGACGAAUUAAGACGACUUUUUUGUCAAUAAAUGUAUUUUACUGAGUUGUUUCA